AUGUCAACUUACGCAGGCGAUCCCAAAGCCUUCGACAUCAAGUCCUUCGUAGGAGAAUUGCCCGGAGAAUGCCUCUGCGGCAACAUCAAAGUCACCAUCAUCAACAAGCCCAAGCUCUUCGAAGAACGCAAUGGACACCAAUGCUUUUGCAGCAACUGCAGAAAAUUCAGCGGCUGUGCUGGAUCGAACAAUAUGGUCAUCGAGCAGGAAAAUGUGCGAGUCUCUGAUCCCAAGGGGUUUCUGAAAACGUACGAAGACAGCAAUACGGGGAGUGGCAAGAUGACGCCCAGGUCGUUUUGUGGGAAUUGUAGCAGGUAUGCCAUUCUAGACCUGGCCAUGGUCUGCAGCAACUGA